AUGCUUUAUGCCUCUUCGCUUGCUACACUAAAAAGAGAAUUUGGUCUUGGUCAUAUAACGCGUGAAUUUAGAGCAGCAUCACUAGAUGAAAUGACACUAAAUGCGUACAAUAAACAUAUUCAAACACAAGCAGCUCCACCUCCACGAACAAUGAGAGAAGAAGAAAUACUCGAGAUUCAAAGUCGAGAAGCUACAGCUGAUAUUAGUGUUGAUUCAAGACAUCCAACAUUACAAGGUCUAUUUUUUCCAUUUGAUGAAAAUGUUAUUGAAGCACUCCAUUUAUUUAAGAAGCAUUCAGUCAAUUAUAUCCAACUGGAAAUUGAUCAUGAAAAAGAGCGAAUAUUAUUAUCACAUUCAGAAGCACAUGUAACACCGGAAAAAAUUCAAAAAUGUAUACCAAAUAAUGAAGGCCGAUAUCACGUUUAUCGAUUUAUCCAUGAAUUUAAUCACAUUCCUUGUGAAAAAGUUCUAUCAAUUUAUUCGGUUCCAGGCUAUAAUUCUGCCAUUAAACAGCGAAUGGUUUACGCAAGUUGUAAAGAGAGCGUAAUUGAUCAUAUUGAAAAGAAAUUUGGUGUUAUGUUUGAUAAAAAGAUUGAGAUAACUGAGCCCACUGAAUUGACAAGCGAGCAUCUUCUUGAACUAUUACACCCAGUGGAACAUCAAGUAUCGUCAAAAUCACAAUUUGCGAAACCCAAACUACCUGGAGCAGGUUCCCGUGGACCAAGGCGAUUGGUUAAAACAACAGAUGAAAAUUCUUGA